UAAAACCCCCAUAUCCAAAACCUAAUCCAAACCCAACAUACAUUCUCAGUGGUAGAUCAAAAAUCAGAGAGAAAUUAAUUAAGUAAUCAUCCAUCAAUGGCGAGGUUUGGUUCUGGUUUGUUGGUUUGUUGCAUGUUUGGAAUCACAGUUGGAAUGGUGUUAUUUGGAGAAAAAAUGAUGGUUUCAGGGCAGGUUGGUUGCCAAGGUGACAUGCAGGGACUGAUAACAAACUGUGCAAGGUACGUGCAGAAGGGGACUCCAAUGGUGGAUCCGACGGAAGGGUGUUGCAGAGCGGUGAGGACGGUGGAUAUUCCGUGCGUUUGUCAGCGUCUUAGCAAAGAGGUCGAGCAGAUGGUUGACAUGGACAAGGUCUUCCAUCUUGCUUCCUUCUGUGGCAAACCGCUUGCACAUGGCACCAACUGUGGAAGUUCUAUUGUCCCAUGAAGUUGAGUGAGUUAUAGAGAGAAGAGAGCACACUCAGAGCUAUGAACCUACCUACCUACAACUAGAAGCUUACUAUAUCUAAUAUGCAAUGCAAUGUGUGCUGCUUCUUUUUAUAGAAGAGAAAAAAAAAAAAAAAUUAGAUAUGUCUCUUUAAUUUUGCUUCUUUUCAUAUCAUAUUUUACGACUAAUUUAUUAAGAGCGUACAAUAUGAGUACUAUGUUGUAAGAUGACUUGAAGCAAUUGCAAUAUAUAUGCAUCUACAUAUUAUAUAUAUGAA